UUAUUUACAGAUUUGGAAAAUUUUUGCAUGCCAUGGGAGGAAGACAUGUACCUAAUGCCGUUUCUGAGAUAUUGCAAAUUCUAUCCUCAGAGUGCAUUAAAAAAGUUACUUCAUUGGUGCAGCUUUAACGAGAAAAACCCUAAGCUAUGCAAAAAUCUGAGCCCAUUAGAAGAAGGAAAUGUGUUCAAGAAUAACAUUUUCACAGUACUUCCAUACAGAAGCCAACAUGGCAGAAGAAUACUUCUCCUUGAGGCAGGCAAAAAAUGGAACACUAAACAAGUAAGCAUCACUGAAAUUAUUAGAGGAAUACAGAUAAUUGUUCUAGCUGCACUUCGAGAGCCCAAGACACAGAUAGCUGGGACAGAUAUUAUAAUCGAUGUUGAAGGACUUUCUUUAUCACAUGUUUGGCAAUUCACUCCAAGUUUAGCUAAGACCAUUCUUGAUUGGGUUCAAGAAUGUAUGGCUCUCCGAUUGAAAGCUGUUCACAUAGUUAAUCAACCAUUCAUCUUUAAUAUGUUGUUCAAUAUAUUCAAACCUUUUAUUGGAGAAAAACUACGCAAUAGAAUACAUUUUCAUGGAGACAAAAAAACUUCGUUAUUGGAGUUUAUUGACCCAAAGGUGUUACCAACACAAUAUGGUGGAGAAUUGAUUAUAGAAACGUGUUAUGGUGCAGAACUUCACGAGCUUAUAUGUAAAUAUAAAGAAGAUUUUGAAAGAGCUGACAAAAUAGGAUUCAUCAAGAAAGAAUCAGUGAAUAAAAAAAAAUGA